CUCUCUGAUCUUAAACUUCGACCCAGAGGAACGACUGUCUUCAAUAUAAAACACAACCUCCCAUUGUUGCCAAUUGGGAUUAUUACACAAUGGCGACCACAGAAAAGAAUCAGACGCAAAAACCUAGCAGUUUGCGCUCCAUCCUCGCGGGCUCGUCUGCAGGAGCGGUGGAAAUUGCGAUCACAUACCCCGCUGAGUUUGCCAAAACUCGCACGCAACUAAACCGGAGGUUGCCAGAUGGCAAGAAGCUACCAUGGCCCCCGUUCGGAAGCCAAUGGUACGCCGGGUGUACUACAUUGAUUAUCGGAAACUCUGCGAAGGCAGGCAUCCGUUUUGUCGCCUUUGACUUCCUCAAGUCCCUCCUCCAAGACGAAAAUGGCAAGAUUUCGGGCCCGAAGACUGUGGUUGCGGGCUUUGGAGCUGGUUUUACAGAGUCUCUUUUGGCAGUCACGCCAUUCGAAAGCAUUAAAACGCAAAUUAUUGACGACCGGAAGUCGGCUAAGCCUCGCAUGCGCGGGUUCUUACACGGCAGCAAGCUCAUAUUCCAGGAGCGAGGUGUGAAAGGAUUCUUCCAAGGGUUUGUUCCUACGACUGCAAGGCAAGCCGCCAAUUCGGCCACGCGAUUCUCGAGCUACACCAUGUUGAGGCAGAUGGCCGAGGGCUAUGUCGCGCCCGGCGAGAAGUUAGGAACGAUGAGCACUUUCGCCCUGGGUGGAAUGGCUGGUCUUAUCACGGUCUACGUCACACAACCGCUCGAUACGGUCAAGACUAGGAUGCAAUCUCUCGAAGCCAGUAAAUUCUAUCGAAACAGUUUCGUCUGUGCAACCAAGAUUUUCAAAGAUGAAGGGUUUACGACUUUAUGGUCCGGCGCUGUUCCUCGUCUUGCACGGCUCAUCCUGAGUGGGGGCAUCGUAUUCACCAUGUACGAAAAAUCCAUGGAGCUCCUCGACACCUUAGACCCUGAGAAACGAUACAUCUAAUGUUCUGGAUGGUGUGCCAAAUAUUCCACUGGUGUUGAGGCAAGGUUUAUUCAUGUUUCUACCAUGCCAAUAGAAUUCAAUUACCA